AUGACUGAUGGAACAGCUGCGCCACUCUACUGUUUAAUGUUUGUCAGUGUCUUCGCGUUUGUCUCUGCAGACCAGAAAAACAUCACAGCUGAGUCUGGACAGGACGUCACUCUGCCAUGUCAAACUCCAAACAACAAGAACAUCUUAACGGUAGAGUGGAGCAGAGCUGACCUGGAGCCAAAAUAUGUUUAUGUGCACCGGGAUGGGCGUUUUGAUCCAGAAAACCAGCACACAUCUUUUAAGAACCGGGUGGAUCUGCAGGACAGACAGAUGCAGGAUGGAGACGUGUCUUUGAUUCUGAAGGAUGUCAUGAUUAAUGACACUGGAACAUACGAGUGUCGUGUCGUCCAGAAAGGGACAAGCAACAAGAACAGUGAUCCUGUCUGCAUAGUCACACUGAGUGUUGAUCCUCCAGACAAGAAAAACAUCACAGCUGAGUCUGGACAGGACGUCACUCUGACAUGUCGAGCUCCAAAUAAUAAUCCCAUCAGUGUUUUAAAAUGGAGCAGAGCUGACCUGGGAGAUGAGUAUUUGCUUUUGUACAAGAAUAAGCAAUUUGAAACAGAUGACCAGCAUCCAUCUUUUAGGAACCGGGUGGAUCUGCAGGACAGACAGAUGAAGGAUGGAGACGUGUCUUUGAUUCUGAAGGAUGUGACCAUUAAUGACACUGGAACAUACGAGUGUAUUGUCAUUGCCGGAGGUGGAGGCAGGCCGAAGCUCAUCAACAGCACCAACCUUCAUGUUGUUCCUCCAGGUCAGACAGGAGGAGACACAGAGGAUGGAGGGAAGGAGGCAGGAUCUGUUGGACUGAAAGUUGGUCUGAGUGUUCCUGCUUUGCUUCUUGUUGCUGCUGUUGUUGGAUUUUUGAUCUACAGAAAACGUGAAAAAAACAAAGAGUCAAGAGCUGUACCAGAUUCCUGCUGAAUUGCAGUCUGUUUGAAAUGUGAGUUCUUUACAGCUGAACUCCUGGAGUCUGAGUCUCCUGAUGAGCCAGACUUCAUUUAUUGUUAUUGAACAUUCAGAAGAUGAUCUGAGGACAGACAUCAGUCAGCUGUCGGUGAUUUGAAGUUACUGUUUUUGUUUAUUUGUUUGCUUUGUGUGCAUCAGUAUUAGUUAUUAGUUUGUUUUAGCUUCCAGGUUAGUCG